GAGCGGCGGAGGGGACGCGCUGCAGGGCGGCGGAGCCGGGGCCGGCCCGGGCGCUACCAAACGCGAGGCCCGCCUGCUCGCCCGGGGUCUGCGCCGAGCCGCGCUCCGGCCGGACGGCCGCGGCGUCCUUGGUGCGGGGGCCGGCAGCUCCCAAGUGGCCGCGGACGGCGGGGGAGAAGGAACGCACGCCGCCGGCCGGGAUUGGCCUCCUGGUCCCCCCGUCUGGGCGGCGGAGUGCGGGCGGCCCGGGGCUGGGAGGUUUGAAAAGCGGGCGAGAGACAAAGGCGGCAGGAAGCCUCCUCCGCGCCCGGAGCCCGUGCGCCCGGCCCCCGGGGCCCCCUCGCCGCCAGCCGGCCCGCGGAGCGGCGGCGGCGGCGGCGGCGGCAGGAGGCGGAGGAUGCGGCAGGGGGCGUGGGCGCGGCGGCGCGGGCGGAGCGGCGCGGCCCGGGCGCGGCGUGGGUAGAGCCGAGGCGGCGGCGGCGGCCGGCCUCCGGGAGCGAGAGCGAGGCGCCUUCCCCGCCCGGGAUGUGAGCGCCGUGAGGAGCCCGGGGCGGGGGAGGGCCGGGCCGGAGGCGCAGCCGGCAGGAAGGAAGGACGGACGGACCAGGAGGAGGAGCGGCGGCGGCGGCCGGAGCCGGAAGGCGGGGAGGGGCCGGCCGUUGGGCCCGAGGCGGCGGCGGCGGCGGCGGCUGGGGAGAAGCGCUCUCGUCGCCUGCCCGAGGCCGGAGCGGCGGAGCCCGCGCCUCCUCCCCCCAGCGCCGCGGAGGGGGGAGGAGGAAGAUGGAGACCCACAUCUCAUGCCUGUUCCCGGAGCUGCUGGCCAUGAUCUUCGGCUACCUGGACGUCCGGGACAAGGGGCGCGCGGCGCAGGUGUGCACGGCCUGGCGGGACGCCGCCUACCACAAGUCGGUGUGGCGGGGGGUGGAGGCGAAGCUGCACCUGCGCCGGGCCAACCCGUCGCUGUUCCCCAGCCUGCAGGCCCGGGGCAUCCGCCGGGUGCAGAUCCUGAGCCUCCGCCGCAGCCUCAGCUACGUGAUCCAGGGCAUGGCCAACAUCGAGAGCCUCAACCUCAGCGGCUGCUACAACCUCACCGACAACGGGCUGGGCCACGCGUUUGUGCAGGAGAUCGGCUCCCUGCGCGCUCUCAACCUGAGCCUCUGCAAGCAGAUCACUGACAGCAGCCUGGGCCGCAUAGCCCAGUACCUCAAGGGCCUGGAGGUGCUGGAGCUGGGGGGUUGCAGCAACAUCACCAACACUGGCCUUCUGCUCAUCGCCUGGGGUCUGCAGCGCCUCAAGAGCCUUAACCUCCGCAGCUGCCGCCACCUUUCGGAUGUGGGCAUCGGGCACCUGGCCGGCAUGACGCGCAGCGCGGCGGAGGGCUGCCUGGGCCUGGAGCAGCUCACGCUACAGGACUGCCAGAAGCUCACAGAUCUUUCUCUAAAGCACAUCUCCCGAGGGCUGACGGGCCUGAGGCUCCUCAACCUCAGCUUCUGUGGGGGCAUCUCGGACGCUGGCCUCCUGCACCUGUCGCACAUGGGCAGCCUGCGCAGCCUCAACCUGCGCUCCUGUGACAACAUCAGUGACACGGGCAUCAUGCAUCUGGCCAUGGGCAGCCUGCGCCUCUCGGGGCUGGAUGUGUCGUUCUGUGACAAGGUGGGAGACCAGAGUCUGGCUUACAUAGCCCAGGGGCUGGAUGGCCUCAAGUCUCUCUCCCUCUGCUCCUGCCACAUCAGUGAUGAUGGUAUCAACCGCAUGGUGCGGCAGAUGCACGGGCUGCGCACGCUCAACAUUGGACAAUGUGUGCGCAUCACGGACAAGGGCCUGGAGCUGAUCGCUGAGCACCUGAGCCAGCUCACCGGCAUAGACCUGUACGGCUGCACCCGAAUCACCAAACGCGGCCUGGAGCGCAUCACGCAGCUGCCCUGCCUCAAGGUACUCAACCUGGGACUCUGGCAGAUGACGGACAGUGAGAAGGAGGCACGAGGGGAUUUUUCUCCAUUAUUCACUGUGAGAACUCGGGGAAGCUCCAGAAGGUGAGGGAGAGGGGACAACGACUUGGUUCCUGUGGAUCUUUAACUUUCAGACUUGCCCGCUCUGAGCCUCCGGCACUCUGGCGAUGACAGCUCAGGUUUCCCUGCCUGUCACUGCUCCAGCAGAGGCUGCUGCCCAGGGCUUCUGCUCCAGUACCUUGUGAAGCUGCAUUCUCCUGCCGGUUUCUCCAGUUCUGGGGACAAUGGUUUGCUCUGAGACCUCGCUUCCCUUAUGGAUCCAAGGAGACUUGCUUUUUCAGUCUGUUCAGCUUUUUACUUGCUAGGAUGGAAUUGCAAUUUGCAAGCUUCUUCGACAGGAAACUAGAAGCUCCACACUUUAAUUUUAUAAAUAUAAAUAUACACAUGUGUACAUAUAUCUAUGUACAGGGCUAUUAUGUAUACACAUAUAAAUAUACACAUGUGUACAUAUAUCUAUGUACAGGGGUAUUAUAUAUACACAUAUAAAUAUACACAUGUGUACAUAUAUCUAUGUACGGGGGUAUUAUAUAUAUACAUAUAAAAUGAUGAUAUACAUAAUGAUGAUACGUAUUACUGAGAACGUAAAAUAUCAUUACAUAGUGAUAGCUGGAUACACAAGGAAUUCACAACUCCCGAAAGAAAAUACAUCUGGAUGAGCUGCCUAGCAGCUUCCCCAUGAGAUGGAGGAAUGUCUCCAUAUUUCAUUCCCUGUUCCUGCCCUGAAACAAUUUCAAUCACUUGACAAAUCAUUAUCAUUCAUUAAUAAUGUUUACUGAGUGCCCAUAUGUGAAAGAAAUCCACUCUACAUUCCACAGAUGCAUUUCCUCUCCCCACGG